CUGUUCUCCCACAGUAGCAAUGGUGGGGAUGAGCAUUCUCAGGUCUGCCGCUGCAUUUGCAGCCAGACUGAGUCCCCUGAAACCUGGAAAUAAUGCUGUUAAUAUACUCAACCGAACGAUCCCACGAACAAAUAAAGUUGCUGUUCGUUGGGGUCAUGGAAAGAAAAUGUUUGUCAUCAAACCCUCUGACUACUAUGACAGGAGAUUUCUGCACUUAUUGAAAUAUUAUAUCCUGCUGACUGGCAUACCAAUGGCAGUCAUUAUCACAGGAGUGAAUGUCUUUGUUGGUGAGGCUGAGCUGGUUGAAACCCCAGAGGACUAUGUACCUGAGCACUGGGAGUACCACAAGCACCCCAUCACAAGGUGGAUCGCGCGGACCUUCUAUGAUUCACCAGUGAAGGACUAUGAAAAGAUGCUGGCUGCUAUUCAAAUAGAGAAAGAAAAGGCAGACAUGAGACUGACUCAGUUGGAGGUGCGCAGGCAAAUGAGAGAGAAGGGUGACGGCCCCUGGUUCCAGGUGAGCACCCUCAACAAGGAGCUCAUCGAUUACCACCCCAAAACCAGACCUGACAAUUAAUCUGGAUGUUUUUGCCACCUGUACAUCAUGCCGAUCAAUCUCACUGUUUGUACAUUUUCCUCGUAUGCGUAAAUAAAAUAUAUAUACUGAA